AUGACCACCUGGGCGAACCCUGUGACCGUUUCACCUAUCUGCCCUCGCGAUCGGACCCGCAGCAAAUCCCAGCACAAACCUUCUGCACACGACACCGCGCGCGGAUCCGACACGCACACACGCGGCAAAAGUAGCCACCAAGGCGUGGGACAGUACUCCCGAUCUGCCCCCCAACACUCGGCCCCGGAGGAACGCAUACCCCAGGCCUGGCAACUACCCCUUCAGCGUCACCCGGCCCAGGCACCUAGACCCACCGCCGAUCUCAGUCUAUACCUACGUCGUGAGCUCUCCACCUACGUGGAUCAACGCAUCGUAACAGCCACGGCCCCACUACGUCAAGAGGUUGAAUCCUUACGGGCUGACAAAGAAGCUCUAGCAGCCCUUGUCUCUGCUUCCAGCACUGCAUUCUCCACCCUCGAUGCGCGCCUACUCGAAGAACGACGCCUCCGUGAAGCCGCCGAACUACUACAGGCAGAGGACAACAAAUCACGCACCGAGGCCCAAAUCCGCUUACACACAGCUAUAGCGCAACACGAGGCACAACAGGCCGCACUAGCUGAGCGCCUACCCUUCCUUGAAUCCAGCGUACACACCCUCCUGCAAGCGAUGCAAUCCGUUUCCUCCCAAAUGACUGCACUGGCAGGCCUUGGGCCCCUACCUGCCAAUCCCUCCCCAACUGCUCCUAUGCCAGCCGACCCGACACCCCCUCCUGCUGCCGACAACGCCGAACCAUCGGCCCUUAGCCCAAGCCCCAAUGCCAACAUGGUGGCAGACUUUGAUGAACCCAUGGAGUCAAACUAA